GCUGCAGGCACCAUGGCCGCGAAGCUGCUGCUCCUCGUCUGCCUGUUCUCGGGCUUGCACGCGCGAUCCAGAAAGGUGGAAGAGGACGAAUAUGAGGAUUCGUCAUCAAAUCAGAAGUGGGUCUUGGCUCCCAAAUCCCAAGACACCGACGUGACUCUUAUUCUCAACAAGUUGCUGAGAGAGUAUGACAAGAAGCUGCGGCCGGAUAUCGGAAUGAAGCCCACUGUCAUCGAUGUUGACAUUUAUGUUAACAGCAUCGGCCCUGUGUCGUCAAUAAAUAUGGAAUACCAAAUUGACAUCUUUUUUGCUCAGACCUGGACAGACAGUCGCCUCCGCUUCAACAGCACGAUGAAAAUCCUGACCCUGAACAGCAACAUGGUGGGGCUGAUAUGGAUCCCAGACACCAUCUUCCGCAACUCCAAGACGGCCGAGGCGCACUGGAUCACCACGCCCAACCAGCUGCUGAGGAUCUGGAAUGACGGGAAGAUCCUGUACACUCUCAGGCUCACCAUCAACGCCGAGUGCCAGCUGCAGCUGCACAACUUCCCCAUGGACGAGCACUCCUGCCCGCUUGUCUUCUCCAGCUAUGGCUACCCCAAAGAAGAGAUGGUCUAUAGAUGGAGAAAAAACUCGGUUGAGGCAGCGGAUCAGAAAUCAUGGCGGCUUUACCAGUUCGACUUCAUGGGCCUCCGAAACACCACAGACAUCGUGACGACGUCUGCAGGUGAUUAUGUUGUCAUGACUAUAUACUUUGAAUUGAGUAGAAGGAUGGGGUACUUCACGAUCCAGACGUACAUUCCCUGUAUACUGACUGUGGUUUUAUCCUGGGUGUCAUUCUGGAUCAAAAAAGAUGCUACACCAGCGAGAACAGCACUGGGCAUCACCACGGUGCUGACCAUGACCACCCUCAGCACCAUAGCCAGGAAGUCCCUGCCGCGAGUGUCCUACGUGACCGCCAUGGACCUCUUCGUGACCGUGUGCUUCUUGUUCGUCUUCGCGGCUCUGAUGGAGUACGCCACCCUCAACUACUACUCCAGCUGCCGGAGACCAGCCGCCGUGAAGAAGGCGACGUCGCUAUUACACCCAGACUCCUCGAGGUGGAUCCAUGAGCGGAUAAGCCUGCAAGCCCCCUCCAAUUACUCCCUCCUGGACAUGAGGCCGCCGCCAGCCGCCGUGACGGCGCUCAACAACUCCGCGUACUGGCGCGAGCUGGAGGACACCUGCGUGUCCGAGUGCCUGGACGGCAAGGACUGCCAGAGCUUCUUCUGCUGCUACGAGGAGUGCAAGGCGGGGUCGUGGCGGAAGGGGCGCGUCCACAUAGACAUCUCGGAGCUGGACUCCUACUCCCGGGUGUUCUUCCCCACGUCCUUCCUGCUCUUCAACCUGGUCUACUGGGUCGGGUACCUGUACCUCUGAGGGCCGCUGCAGGGGCGAGGGACCAGCCCGGCCCACCCUCUCCCCCUUCACCCCCCAGCCCGCGAUGCCGUGGGAGCGGCCAGGAAGGACAGCACGCAGCCGUCUGAGGUCAGAAGAGACCUCCAGCACAGGAGGCAGCCUGACACGGCGCCUGUGUCUCACACGCACACACGCACACACACUCACACACACGCUAGGUGAGUUUCACAGUGGUGUUCUUGUCCACCCCGUACUGAAUCUGUAGUCUGGUGAUGUUUCUGAGUGUUAGAUCCCUGAAGCCGCUGUCCGUCACCCGUGCGAGGGUCUGUAAAGUAGGACAACUGAGCAGCUCUUGGCCGGCCCCUGCCCCUGUGACCCGGCGCCAGCCCCGAGGACUGAGUCCCUCCGCCUGGCCUGGGCUCCGGGGCCACACGGCGGUUGAGGCUGUGUGUGGACUCAGUGGCUUUGUCCCCGCUCCCUCUCCCUGUGGCCUCUGCUCUGGCCCGUCGUGGUCACCCAGCCUCCCUGUCCUAGCAGCCGCCUCUUGGCCUAGGAUGAGUUCAUAGACAUCAUCCCUCAUUUCCAUUGGAGGAAAACACCCACGUCUCAACUCCUGGCGUUGAAGUCAGAGGUGCCGAUGGUCUGACCAAGCUGCCGAGGCCCGAGUGUUUGAACGUUGGGUCCUCGGGCUAGUUCAGCUGGAGUCCCCCAUGUCACUCUCACAGCCGCGCUCUGCUGGCCCGAGCCUGACCCCAGAGGGCGUGUUCCACCUUGUCACAGUAGCAUGGGUUCGAUGACCACUGUCGUCUUGCGGAGGCUGACAGCUGCUGGAGCCUGUGUCGUGAAAACAUAUUCCAGAGUGUGAAAGAAACAUAGGUAGAAUUUUUAAAAUUUCUUAGUAAAUAUUCAUUUUCAAGUUAAAAUGACUUUCAAUGCAAAAAAAAAGGGCAGUGGCUAUUAUCAAUGAUAUAUUUUGAUGAACAGAAAUUAUUUUGUACUUUGAAAUAAGAACACGUAGCAAAAUCCAAAGAAAAGAAUCCCCCCAGGUCAAUACUCUUUUGAUAUUUUUGUAACAAAAAUCAAAUUUGCUUCUUGAUAUUAGUUCUUUGUUAUAACUGAAUGCCAGUCCGUACUUCCUAAGACUCUUGGAAAACUCUCCCCCAUCAAUAGGAGAAAAAAAAAGUCCUUCCAGGCCCUUAGUGCUUUGGCAUUCUUGAAAUUUGGUACCGGAAUCUGUGUUCUCAUGUUUUUCACACAGAAAACUGAAUUAAUUUUAUUCCGAGUCAUACAUUUUUAAAUUACCUACUGUGCAUACCAGUGUUACUCGGAAGCGAAGUGAGAUGGCAUGCCGAGAAAUACUGAAGCCACACAGUGCCCUGGACAGACGGGCUGGAGGGAAGAGGCCAGAAGACGUGGAAUCCAGUCUGUGCAUUCGAGCUGACACCGCCGCGUCUCAGCUGAAUGCACACACACACACACACACACGCCUGCCUGUCUGCUUCGGACAGGGUCUACACAGCGAGAGGUGCUGGCCCAGUGUUUUUCUUGCAGUAGUUCUCUGCCUUGGGGGUUGACAGGACAACGCUUCUAUUUACCAGUUCAGUGGCGAGGUAACAAUACCGGGUCGCUGGAAAAGUCAUGACACAUCUUUGCACAGAAGAUCAUGGCUUUCCCAAUGACCUGGUAAGUAGUGGUGGGGCCAAGGCUGCAGCGGCUCAGCCCAAAUCUCUCUCCCACUAGAGAACUUCGCGUGCAGUGCCGUGGCUCUGCCCGCGUGGAAACCGCCCUGCCCAGCUCUGGCAGAGGCGCCGUGGCGGUCCCUUGGCCCAGGGGCUCCCGCUGCCCUGCCAUAGCACUCAGCAGAGAGCAGUCUUCUUUGAACACAAUUUCAGUUUUAUGAAUUAACGCUAGCCAUCUGAAGGAUUUCAAUCCGCGACAUUCAAAAAGUUCUAGACAGAACUGAAUUUUCUAGUAAAAUUCUUCUUGGGAGGAAAAUAACCUAAAAGAAACUCCCAUAGCAUACAUUUGGCCCAAUUCCACCUUUAAAACAAUUUGCCAAUCUCUCUGGUUUCAAAACCCACAGUAUUUCCAUGUGAGCAAGUCUCGUGACAUUUGACGAGUAGGAAACAGGUACCCACAGCCUCUGUUCUGAAUCUGGCCUCUCUUUCCUGACAUCGGCUGUCCACUGCAGCUGUCUCCAUGACGCAGAGCCCACAUUUCAUAGUGUCUCCUAGGGAUUCACCAACAGGACAUGGAGAGCCCUGCAUGGAGACCUCGGCCUGGCCCGCGGGGCCUGGGUAUGGAAGGAAAGCCCUCCCGGAGGGCCCCCACGCCUGCUCAUCUGCAGGCUUUCCCAAGUCAGCUCUCGGCCUCCACCCUAACUGUCCAGAUGAGGCUUAGCAGUGCCUUCCAGCUCGCUCAGGGGCAGAGCUCAGGGGCUCUCGAGCUGGUCUGUGCCCACUUUCUGGAA